GGUUUUCAUGGUUGCCGCACUCAAAAAUGAGCUAUUUCCAUUAGAAUUUUGUUGCAAUUGCGCGGCUCUGCACGAGAAUUUUGUAUCUGGAGCUGUCGCGGUCAAUCGGAGGAUCUGCAGCGUCCCCGCGAUCAGUCGCGUGUGGCGAAAUUUCCAUGGUUCAGAAAGCAGUUGUGGCAGGGAAACGUCGGAUGGUUUAUGAUGCGCUUCAGAGUCGGGACUCCGCGGAGGAUCUGACAUGUGAGGGCAAGAGGGGGGAAUCAGCAGAAAGCAGUAAUUGGUUGGCCGGGGAUGGAUCAGUCGAUAGUCAUGGCCAUUCUGCUGACAAGCGGAAGACAGGGGGUUGGAGAGCUGCCCCUCUCAUAUUUGGUACGGAAUUAUGUGAAAGACUAGCAACUUUGGGGUUGCAGCGAAACUUGGUCUUGUACCUCACCAAAGAAAUGCACUUCAGCAAUCCAGAUUCUGCUGAGAUGGUGUUGAAUUUUGUGGGGGCUCUCUAUCUUACCCCUUUCCUUGGGGGCUUUGCUGCCGAUGCAUACCUUGGACGCUUCUGGGCAAUUACUGUAUUUGCCACCAUCCAAGUUGUUGGUAUGGUAUUCCUAACUCUGUCAGCAACUGUAUCAUCACUCCGACCUCCACCUUGUAUUCCCAACUCUUCGAAUCCAUGUCAACCAUCCCACGGUAUACAACUUGGGGUAUUGUAUCUGGGCUUGUUUUUCUUUGCUGUUGGAAAUGGAGGAAUAAAGCCAAAUGUGUCUACCCUUGGUGCUGACCAAUUCGAUGAGGGAGAUCCAAAUGAACGGAAACAAAUGUCUCACUUCUUCAACUGGUUCUACUUCAUCAUUUCCAUCGGCUCACUUUUGUCGGUUACACUUUUCGUUUACAUUCAGGACAAUGUGGGCUUUGGUUGGGGGUUCGGCAUUCCGGCUGCAGUGAUGAUGGUUGCUGUCGUGGUUUUUCUUGCGGGUUCUAGAAUUUACCGUUUCAAGCCCCCUGGUGGAAGUGCUUUAACCACCAUAGCGCAGGUGGCAGUUGCAGCGACUCGUAAGCGAAGAGUUUGCUUAAGCCAUGAUAGGACUCUAUACGAAGGCUCUUUUCAGGGAAGAGGGCCUGUGGAGAGACUCAAUCACACCGAUCAAUUAGUAUUCCUUGAUCGAGCUGCAAUCCCUGUGGGGAUCAAAGAUUCCAACUUCAGCUUCGCUAGUCCCUGGCAACUAUGCACUGUGACAAAAGUUGAAGAAGUGAAGGCGAUCCUGAAAGUGCUACCAAUUUGGGCUAGUACUUUGCUAGUAUGGACAGCCCUUUCACAGAUGGAAACUUUCACAGUGGAGGUCGGUGCAGCCAUGGAUCGCCACGUCACGGCCAAGUUCUUAUUCCCCUCAGCCUCUCUUGCUGUUUUUGAGCUUUUCAAUAUCAUAUUUAUCCUCCCCAUGUAUGAUAGGUUCUUCGUUCCUUUCGCGAGACGAUUUUCAGGUCACCCCCAGGGUAUUACUACACUACAAAGAAUUGGGACGGGGAUGAUAUUCUCAACUUUAGCCAUGUUGGUGGCGGCCUUGGUGGAGACGAAGCGGGUUCAGGUGGCACGGGACAACGGACUUCUGGACCGACCUGAACUGACCAUUCCCAUGAGUAUUUUUUGGUUGGUUCCUCAAAACUUCUUACGUGGGAGCACGGAGAUCUUUACCCAGAUCGGGCAACUGGAGUUUUUUUACCACGAGGCACCAGAGCGAAUGCGAAGCUUGGGUUCUGCAAUCUAUUUGAGCACAAUAGGAUGUGGGUUCUUUUUGAGCAGUGCUCUUGUCACGGCCGUGAACAAGUUCACCCGAGAUGGCGACGGUCCUGGUUGGCUUACGAAUAACCUGAACAGAAGCAGGCUUAAUUACUUUUACUUCCUCCUUGCUGCCCUCAGCUGUGCCAAUUUUUUGUUAUUUCUUGUUUGUUCGUCGUGGUACAAGUACAAGAAAGUGACUUCUCACAGUUACAUCAGGAUUGACGAGCCUAGUGAAGCGUAAGACCGUGGUCUUAUAUUUGCUCGCCAUGUGGAGAACUUCGAGAUGGUCCACAAUACAUCACCUGUUGAAGAUCCGACUUGCUUCGUAAAUACUAGCUCUGGAAUGGGGGGGGAUUGAGUAUGCAUUUUCGAUGCAUGCCACCUUUGGUUCAACAUCAGCACCCUCAAAUAUGCUGGCAGCUCCUUACAUGCAUAUUUGUGUUUUGCACUUAUUCACACGAUUGCCAUGGCUACCAUGGGCGUGAUGUGAAGUUUCGGAUGAACAUCAAACCGUUGAGCCAAAGGUGUGUAAGGAGUAGGGUUGGCGAUGCUCGACAUAUUCGCUGUUAUAGAUGACGUGUCCUUACGACACGAAGGAAGCAGGUUGGUCCUGUAUUCCAACUGGACCAAGCUUGAAUCGGGGUUGCCCAGAUUUUUUUUCUACAUUUACUGAACUGACAAGAACACUUCGACCUAGCUCUGAAUUGCGACUAGCCUUCAGCAUUGACAUCAUUCCUAAACCUGCCCGUUUUAUAGUAGUAUGAAAUCAUGCUGGAUAAAACUGCGGCGCAAGAUUUGGUAGAAAGCAUCAAUCUUUCGAUUCUUAGGAGGGAUUAUCGUUUGAGUACAUCUAUGUUGUGACAGAGGAUUACACCACAUUGACUAUCUAUAAGUACAGGGCAAUCUAUGUAGAUAAAACGCUGUUGUUGACAGAAUAUAUUCUACAAAAAUGUAGCUGGAAAAAUGGCAAAUUCGCUACAGAUGCUGACAAUACAGGAGCCCUGGGGAAUUUCUUAGUAUUGAGAUUUUUUUCUACUUAUGACAACCCCAAAGUUCAUGAUUUGGAACAUGACAGCCACCAUUGUGUACAUGUUCAAUUAUGACCAAAGGUGUAUCGUAUCAAAGCGUGUAGGGCUACCAUGUCUUUCUUUGUCAUGCAGUUCAUUCUUGGCUGACCCUAGCCCCUUUCUCAAUGUGGCUAAUCUCCUUCGCAGGGCCAGACUUGUAGGUAUGUCCAGCCAGGUCGUGGAUUUCGCAUAUCCGAAGUUGCAUACCUUGAACCAGGUGUUGCACUUCCGCAAUCUUUUCUUUGCUUCUUUCAGCC